UUUCUUUCGUAGCGCUUUUGAAGAUCGAUGAUGAUGAUUGAUAGAUACUAGUAGAUGAUUUGACAGAUACAAAGAGAACAAGAUGCGUCCCUUAACAGUCACGGUUUUUGUUUUACAAGUUUACUUUGCGUUCUUCGCGCUGGAUACUAGAAUAUCACUAAUUAUAUAAUUCAUCAACAAAUGGUCGUGAUUGAUUACAGUUCUUGUCUACUACUGAGAUCGGAAUAUAAUGAAAAUGAAUCAUGAAGAUGAAAUGAUUUUUUGAACAAGGGAGACAGAGACACACCUUGAGAUGACGAGUAUGCCUGCAAGGUAGCGAAGUUUCGAUAGCUCGCGAUGAGCUAACGGCUCGCUUGCCUCUGGUGCGUGCAUUUCGUUCAGUCUUGUGAGUGGGCUGCACAAUCAACAUUUUGGCGGAAACCGCCUUUCCGUAACACGACAGUGAAGAAUUCACCAUCGUGCUUUGCGUUCUUAGUAGCUGGCCACUUGGCUUCGCCGUGAGAGCUUUGACAACGCAGCUCGCCUUUCACAACGCGACCACAGCAAGCGCAUUCGAUACUAUUGAAAGGACGCCAAAGAAACUCUGGGAUUCCCGUGAAGUGCAAAUCCGAACUCCUGCAAAGCAACGUUAGCUUGAUUCAUAAAGAAUCUUUUAGAUCCCACCAUGGGCUCCGUCGGGAACGGGAUGCGGGUGCAAGGCGCACAGAAGCGGCCUUGUUUGGCCGCGGAUAUUCCCGAAUACCCAGAGAAUGCUACUUCGAUCAGAGAACCCUCGGGUCUCGGCCUGGACUCGGACGAUCCAGAAAGCUCACCACAAAGCCCAGGUUCUGGCCUUUUCUCGUUUUUUAUGAAGAACAUAAUAAAGAAAAAGAUGAUUGAAAUUGAUGGGAAUCGAAAGAACCUUUUGUCGCUUUUGAAGGUAAUAUGGAGAAUUGGAAAAACUCGUUCAAGUAGGCCUAGUUAACUCGUCGACGUCCAAGUAGGCCCAGUUAACUCGACGUCCACGUAGUCCUAAUUGUACAUUAAAGGACGAGAAGUAAUAAAUGGUUCUUCAUCUCGGUUCCCAACAUUGUUUUUGUUUCUACCUUCAUGUCGUUCCGAAAGCAAUCGAGCCGAUUCAGCCUAAAAUCGGGAGUACACACGCAGUACACCGGCUCUAUCUUUGAUGGACAAGCGAUGGAAAUGUUCCUUACACCCAAGUUAUGGCUAGAAAUCUAAAUCAUGUUCAUGGAUCAUUGGCAUCAUAUAAGUAGUCGCAAGCGCCUAUCGUGUUGAAUGCGGAGCAGGCGUCGAUCUCUCUUAGCGACGCGGCCUCGAGCUGGAGUGUAGAUAUUUUUUAUCAUAUUCGAAUUAAGUCUUUCUCAUAGUUGUAUACUACUACUACCUCUUCUACUAUAUUUCCACCUUCUUCUGCAAUUGAGUAACUGCUGUGGAUUUUUAAUCACAUUGCUCUUCGUCAUCGUCUCUCUCGAUUUUCGUCAAUCGUCAUUAUAAACAAGAACAGGGGACUUUCUCGUCUUCCUUGCACGCUUAUUCAUGUAUCAAGAAAAUCUUGCCCCCUUCUAACCAACGAGAAGCAUGUGUUUUCCGAGUGGGUGGAACCAGACGACGAUCACUCUUUUUUGACGACGUGGUUGGAUUAUACAGGUGUUUUCGAUAGGAUAAUACCCCUCAUCCCGGACGCGAUCACACCUAACAUCUUGUGUCUGCUGGGAACGCUAGCUGUGGUGCAGAACUGGUAUGUCGAUUACCUAUGGAAUCAUCUCCAUCAUCAUGGUGACUUAUAUAUAAUCGAACAUUUUCUCCUAUCUUCUUGUGAUGGUAAAAUUAUAGUCCGUUUUUUUGCCUCUUUACCUUCCCCAGGUAUCUCGUCCUCCAGUACGAGCAGCAAUUCGAGCAUCUGACAACACUGUCAACGAUUUUUUCACUCUCGUUGUGUUAUUUGUGUCACGGUGUGCACGGACGCUAUGCUGCUCACACAAUGAAUGAUACUCCCUUAACGCACCUCUUCAAGCACUCAUGCGACGCACUCACACUCGUUUUCCUCGUUUCAAGUGUCUCGCAACUUUUUACCCAUGACUUAGAAAUGCAGUGGCUCGCGGUACACAGCAGCCUGAUGGUGUUUCUGUACAAACAGCUUUCCGCUUUCGCAAGGGAAGCAGGAAUAAGAUAUCAGUGGUUUGUUGGGCCAGGCGAAAUGGUCGUUCUCACGAUCUAUCUCUUGCUAUUGAAAGUCACCUUUGGGCUGGAAUGGUACUGAUACUUAGAGUGAUUGGACUGCGGAUGACAGUAUCUCGUUCUUGAGCCGUGGAGGACGCGGCAUAGUAGAGUAUAUCUGAUGAUUUCCUUAUUCCUACGCCUUCGCCCUGGCUCGGAUCCAAAUGGUAGUUUCUUCUUAGGCAAUGAUCAAAAAAUGAGUAAGUUGUAAAUUAAGUGUAAGAUGACGAUGAAGAGCAUAUGCAUAUCUAAGUACUUCGAAUCCAUCAGGUUGAUAGCCCAAUACCUGCAGCUCUACCAGUGGGGACACGACCAGCUCAUACGAAUGCUGAUGAUCAAAAGUUUCGUGCCAUCAAGUCCCUAUUCAUGGAUUUCAAGUCCACAGCCAGAUCCGGUGACGCUUAUGAAGGACUUUUUAGUCUCCGUUUACUGCGUUGCCUUCGUUGCGAUCUUUGUGUCGCUUGCAGCGAGAAAAAAUGUACUAACUUAAGUACUUCUUCAUCUAAUGAAUCCUUACUCUACCAUUAUGUUCAAGAUAGAUCUUCAAAUUCUGCAACGAACUAAGCUGCAUCAAAAGAAAGUAUGCCACAACAUUUUACGUAAUUUUCAUUGACCAUGACCGUUCGUUCGUAUCCGCGUGUUCAUAUUCAGAUCCGACUGCAGACGAAGGUGUCAGUCAUGUUUAUUCUGACGUAUCGGAUGAUCCCAACGUUUUUCAAGUUCCUGAUUGGCUACAUCGCGACAAGCCAAGUGUUUAUGAGCAGCGUACGCGUAGCAGGGGGCGGAAGUUCAACAAGUAGCUAUUUCCUGUUUCGGGAUAUUUCACCCAGUUUGCUGCUGCUUUCCCAGCACUUACCGAAAACUCUACUAACUUCAGAAGGCACUAUCGUUGAGGGCCUCUUUCUCACGGUCGUCUGCAGUGAUAUCGUUCUUGCGAAGAUGGCGAAGCGACAGUUGCAUUCAUCGUUGCUAAUAUUGUGCUUCUCACAUCUCUUGCCAUAUACACAUGUGGCAACCGUAGUAAUGAUAGUAGCCUACUACUGUCUAGUGCUCUCAGAUCUCUGCUGGUACAUGAACCUGCCACUUCUCGCGAACGUCAAAAACGUGUACUGCGAUGGCGUCUUCGACCUAUGCCACAUCGGCCACAAAAAUCUAUUUAGGUACUGUACGUUCUUUUGCACUGUUCUCUCUGCUUCAAAGCCUAUUUAGGUACUGCACCACUGUGCGCAACUUAGCAACAACCUGUAUUCUUGUAAAUUUUCCGUCGAACGUGAUCAAUUUUCCGUCGUACACCUGCUGCUUCUGCGCGUAGGAGUCCUUAGUCUAGCCACUAAAAUUACAACUUCUUAGUUGCUACGCAAUGACACAGGGCCGCUUUGAAGCACGGCAACCGUUUAUUCGUUGGCGUAUGUGGAGAUGAAGACUGUGCAAAGUACAAACGGCCGCCAAUAAUGAGCUGCGCAGAAAGGUGUCGCGAGAUUCUGGGAUGUAAAGCGGUGACAAGAGUAAUACCCAAUGCGCCGACGUUCGGGCUCACAAAGGAGUUCCUAAAGAAGCACCGCAUUCACGUUGUUUGUUGUGGAGAGGAGUACAUCGAACGGUAUCCAGACCCGAAAAACGACCCUUAUUAAGGCUUAUAUAUAAUGAUAAUCCACCUCGUCCACGGAAUAUCUCUCUGUCUGUCUCUAUUUUGAUUUUUUCAUCAACAUUAGGAAUUUUUUAUAGACAGCGUUGCUUCGGUUCCCUGGUGGCUUAGGUCCAGUGACGCCCAAGGCCCUGACAGGGGGAAGCUGGGUGGCUCCCCUCCCCACGCCGGCUUAUUUGUUGGUUACUGUUUGUUCAAUUAGAUAGCUUCCAGGUCUUGGCCCGGGUUCUCGGCCUUUUCCUCCCUCCCUCCCUUCUACACACUUACUUUUAACAAAAUGCAAUGUCUCCACAUGAUCCUUCUCGCUUGCUUUCUCGUCCUCUAGAAUGAUCAUCCUUCAAUUCAUCUUUUCUACUACUUGUCCUAUUAAUAAUCAAUGUGGUUUAUAGACCUCAUAAAAUAGGAUCAAGCUUUGUGUAAUAUGACCCGAAAGACAAGAUUAAUUACUGUGACCUCUAGCUCUAACCUUACUACCGAGUGCCAAGAGAAAUGGGCAUCGCAAGGCCUUUGCCACGCACGCAAUCGCUGAGCACGUCGGACCUCAUCCGACGCAUACAGUCGAUCACAAAAGACGCGGACGACAGGAACGACAAGUAG